UUUUCAUUAUUUUUUUUUAUAAUACAUAAGGGACAUGUCUUUUAAUACGUCAAAUUCAUUUGCAACACUAAUGUUCUUUUAUUUCUAUCUUUUCUAAUCUAUCUAAGCUAUCAUGUUUUUCUGCUUCUUGUCCUAAUUGCAUGUUAGAAUCUAUAAGACAAGCUAAAGAAGAAAAAGCUUUAAAUAUCUCGGAUCUGUCACAGUCUGACAAGGAUGGAAACAUUAAGCGCCAACGAAUUGUAACUAGAAGAUACAGUCCUCCUUUGACUGUAACAUCAAUGAGUCGAAGAAAAAGUACUAUAUAUUCUUCUGAUUCAGACAGUAAUAUUGAGUUAUGAGAUAUGAGACAUGAUAUUGAGUUACAAGCACCAAUUGUAAAAAGCUUAAAGAUAAAUGCAAAUAAGGAAAAGACAUCACUAUUUUCACAUCCUGAUGAUACUUGCAACAAUAAUUAUACAAAUCAAGCACAAAAUUCAUCUAUUGAUGAAAGUAUUAAUGAAAAUAUAAACCCUAAUCUUUCAAAGAAAAAUAAGUGUAACGUUCUAAAAGAUUUACAAACAAACAGGUAAGACAACAUAGUAAGAGAAUAUGACAAUAGUGACGAUCGAGGUUUCUAUAAAAUAAC